AUGAAAGACGAACCAGUGGUACAUUUAAGGAAACUAGCUGAGUUCUUAGGGUGCCCAUUUUCCUCCGAAGAAGAGAAAGACGAGGUGUUGGAGGGUAUUGUUGAACUUUGUAGUUUUGAUAAUCUGAGUAAUCUGAAGGUGAACAAGGUAGGAAAGCUUCCAUCUGGCGAGGAUUACAGUGUAUUUUUCAGGAAAGGCGAAGUCGGUGACUGGAAAAACCAUCUGACCACCGAAAUGGUGGAGCGCCUUGAUCGUAUCUGCAAAGAAAAGUUCGAAGGGUCAGGAUUAAGAUUUUAG